AGAUAGAAGAUGGUGAAGAAGGAAAAGGCUGUUCUGUGAGUGGGUGCUUUGUUUGCUUCUUAUGGACUCAGAAUCAAACAAUCACAGCAACAAAAAACCCCCUUCUGGGUAUUCCUUCACAAAGCAUCUUGGUUCCUUUCCUUUUAUUUGGAUCUCUGCUUCUUCUCAAAGCUUAAACUUUUCCCUAUUUGGUAUUUGACUUCAACCUGUUCAAGAAUCAAAAAUUCAAGUUCCCUAUUUCUGGGAUUUCUGAAUUUUCCUCCCAGACCUCUGUUUUCCCUUCAUUUUUCCCUCUAUUCCUUUGUCAAGAACAAGAACAAGAAAGAUCAUUUCUGGUUUACCCUACAAGAAUACAAGAAAAGAUCAAGAUGGUGAGGGGAAAGACUCAGAUGAGGCGCAUAGAGAACGCUACAAGCAGACAAGUGACCUUCUCCAAGCGCCGGAAUGGGUUGCUGAAGAAGGCCUUUGAACUCUCAGUUCUCUGUGAUGCAGAGGUUGCUCUCAUAGUUUUCUCCCCUAGAGGCAAACUCUAUGAAUUCUCAAGUUCUAGCAUGCAGUCUACAAUAGCUCGUUAUUUGAAGCAUGCAAAGGAAAAUCCAACCAAAAAGUCAACCCAACAAGACACACAGAAUCUGAAACAUGAAGCUGCAGAGAUGAUUAAGAAGAUUGAAUCACUUGAAGAUUCAAGACGGAAAUUACUAGGAGAAGGUCUAGGAUCAUGCACAGUUGAAGAACUUCAACAACUUGAACGACAGUUGGAGCGAAGCGUAAGCAAUGUCCGAGCAAGAAAGAUUCAGGUUUUUGAGGAACAGGUGGAGCGGCUAAAGGAAAAGGAAAGAGCACUUGUUACUGAAAAUGCAAGGCUAUCAGAGAAGUGUGGUGUGACUUCAUGUGAAAGAUUAAAUGAGCAGAGAGAGACUGUAGCAGUACCGGAGGAAAGUAGCCCUAGUUCUGACGUGGAGACUGAACUGUUCAUCGGACCACCGGAGACAAGAACAAGGCGGCUGCUGCCUCAGAAUUAAUGGAUGGUCGGCAGACCCUUAUGAAAUGCAAUCAUUUGACAUACUCUGCAGUAUAUUAUAUAGCCUGCUUUAGAAAUAAUUCCAGCUAUAUGUGAAUAAAAUAAAAAUAAUUCCCAGCUAUAUAGUGUAACAGCAAGUGUAGUAUGUUCUGUGAAGCGUAAUAAAUAAGGAACGCUAAUUUAAUUUUGUAUU